UUUGGGGCUUGGAAUGUCAGAAUUUAUACUACCAACGUACACUUUCUGGAGGUUUUUCGAAAGAUUUAUCAAAAUUUCGUUAUUUUGAUUUUGUUUUAUUUACGCUUUUCUGCGUGUGAAGAAUAAGGAUGCACACUUCUGGCGAAACGGAAUGCCUACUUGUUGAUUUAACAACAAAGACGGAAGAAAUAGUAGAUGACCGAAACCGUAACAAUAAGCAAAAUUCGUAUGAGUACUUAAUAAUGGACCCUUCGUCUAUCUUCUACACACCUCCAAACAGUAAACUAUUACUAUUAAAAAAGAACAAUAAGUUUUAUAAAAUUGUGUUACCUCAUAAUGUGAUACCCAGCAGCGACUUCCAACAGGGGUCUGUAAUAAUCAACAUACCGGAAGCCGGACCACUGGUCAUAAAAUUAGAUCCUAAUGCGAAGAAACAAACACCUGUAGAAUCUGAUGUUAUGGAACCCUUUUCGCUCGACUUUGAUAGCAUUAACACUACAAACAAGGAAGAAAGAACAGCCAAAGAGUGCAACAAGUUAGUAAAACAGAGAAUGCCUUUAGGAAAACAAUCCAAAGAUAGCACCAAAGUUUCCAGAUCGGCAAACAGGGACGUUUCGUUUCAUGGGUUCUCCGAGAGAGAUUGUGUUAACUCUAUAGCGCGCUUUCUUGAAUUAAGAGUAAUUUUAAAGAACCAACAGCUCUUAAUAAAAUCCGCUUUGGCUAAAAAACAACAAAUAGUAAAACGUAAUGAACCCAUUUUGAAAGAAAUAAUCAACCAGAAUUCGUCGAAUAAUUGCAAACAAAUAAGGCAGUCGAUAAGUGCAAAUAACAAAAACCUCAUACCCACCAUACCAAUUACAAAGUGUGAUAGUAGAUUUAAUAAGCAUUUGAUAAAGCAUUGCAAGGUAACGAUAAAUCGAUCUAAGGAUUUAGAUGAUAGACUAAAGAAGAUGUCUAAAUUACUUAAAAAUGGUCAAAAUGGGAAGAGAAAAAGUACCUAAAGUGUCAUUAUUAAUUAAAUUGUUAUCUGAUAGGCUAAGGUUUUCAUUAUAGUUUGUAAGAAAUCAUGUUCUUGUUAUCCAGUAAAAGACAUUGAGAACACAACGAGACCUAUAAUGUAAGUAUUAAAUAAAAAAAUGCUAGAAUGUAAGAUUUACGGUUAAUGUUGGCUUUUUUUAAAUGUUGAAUCUCAGCAUGAGAAUUGUUUUUUUUUUUGUUUUUUUUUAUCUGCAAACUUUUAUUUAAGUUUGAAGUAUAUUUUAUUUUCU